AAGACGAUACAGAACACAAACGAGCACAGAAAGCGAAGACUGCCGAGAAAUAAAGAGAGAUGGAUCCAAAACUCACAGAAGUUUCUCAGCUAUUCGAACGCUUCAAAGCUGCAAUCACCAGAAAAGACUACGACUCGUGUACCGAACUCCUUUCUCAUCUCAAGGUUUUGCUGACCUCCUUCAGAAGCCUUCCGCCAUUAUUUGAAAAUACACCUAACUCAAUUCACGAGUUGACAUUAGCAAGGGAUAUUUAUGAGCACGCUGUUCUCUUGAGUGUAAAGAUUGAGGAUCAAGAUGCAUUUGAGAGGGAUUUCUUUCAAUUGAAGCCUUAUUAUACUGACGCUGGUAGUCGUCUUCCACCAUCCCCAAAUGAGUACAUGAUCUUGGGUCUUAACCUGUUGAGACUUUUAGUGCAAAACAGAAUUGCUGAAUUCCAUACUGAACUGGAAUUGCUUUCUUCUACUGCUUUGGAGAACCCUUGCAUCAAGCAUGCCGUGGAGUUAGAGCAAUCCUUUAUGGAAGGGGCUUAUAACCGUGUCUUGAGUGCCAAACAGAAUGUACCUAAUGAAACUUAUGGUUAUUUCAUGGAUCUCCUAGCAAAGACAGUGAGAGAUGAGAUAGCUGGAUGUAGUGAGAAGGCAUACGAUUACCUUUCACUUAAGGAUGCCCGCCAAAUGUUGCUGUACACUUCUGACAAAGAACUUUUGCAAUAUAUUGAGGAGGAGCAUCCUGAGUGGGAGAUAAAGAAUGGAUCCGUGUUCUUCCAGAAGGCAAAAGAAUCUGUACCUUGCAAGGAGAUCCCAUCUCUGCAACUCAUUAACCAGACACUCAGUUAUGCAAGAGAGUUGGAGAGGAUCGUGUAAACAAAAUUGCUGCAAGGUUGCUUGUGUCUCUAUUUUCAGCACUGCAAGCUGUUGCUAGAACUGUUAUUGAAAAUUUAUUACUUACACCCAUUUGGUAUAAAACUUAAAAUUGUUGUUUAUUUUUGUACUUUUAUUUGUUAACUUUCCUUUGUACACUUGAUCCAUUCAACAUGAUCCCAUUUUAGCGAAGCUUCUUUAUCUC